AUGGAGAAAUAUGAUUUGGAAUCAUCAGCUCUGAAGCUUCAACUCAAGGACUUGGCUGAUAAGUAUGAGUCUGUCAAAACUGCUGCUCAAGCAUUGAAGAGGGAAGCUGAGAUACUGACACAGGACAGAACCCAAAUGGAGCAGAAGUACCUCACUGAAUUUAAAAGGUUUGAGGAAGCACAUGAAAGGUGUAAAGUCUCAGAAGAGCAAGUCAAAGUAGCAAAUAAGUUUGUUGAAACAGCACAAUCAGAAGUGCUGGCUGCUCAAAAUGCAAAGGGGGAUGCUUCUCAGCUCGCAAUAGAAAGACUUGUCCAGAUUGAAACUGCACAAAAGCAGAUUGAAGAGUUGGAGAGACAAAACGUGGAUCUUACCUGUGAAGUCAACAGGUUGCGGGCAUCAGAAGUUGAUGCGAUAUCUAGGUUUGCUUUAUUAGAAGAUAUGAUUAAAGAGAGAGAUCAAGAGGUAGAGUCACUGAAAAUGAGAUGCGAACAAAGAUCGAGCUCAAUGCAAGUGGCAAACAUAAUAGGAAACAGGCCUUCUUUACAUGUAGAACUGCAGCAGAGAAAUCUUGUUUCACCUGAAGAGGGCCUAUCUCCUGACCAUUCAAAUGAAAGUUCAUUGGGUUCUGAGACGAAAACCAUCUCUUGUGGGAAACGUUCUAGGCUAGAAGUUCUGAAUCCGGGUUCAGAUUCUGUCCAGGAUAUGGAUAGUGCUGAAGCAAUAGCCGGGGAACCAAAAAGACCCAAGAGCACUAUGACCUUGCGAAAAUGCGCAACAGAAGUUGAGAGUUCUGAUUCCAAGUCUAAUGAAGACAGUGAAGACAGCAAAGCCAAUGCCUAUGUCAGGUUAACUGUGCUGAAGAUGCGGCAAGAGCUCAUUGAACUUGGUUUUGGUGCAGAUUUGCUUGAGCUGAAGUCCCCCAAGAAGAAAGAUGUCUAUGCUCUAUACAAAAGACUAGUCCUGAAGAAGUAA